UAAGGCUAAAAACAAAAUUGAAUUAUAUCCAUUAGUAGCAAUCAGUACAUGCUAUCAACAAGUUUUUGAAACAAAGACUGAAUACUCUAGUUUGACUCUUAAUGAAGUGGUAUCAAGUGUUGGUAAUCCAUAUAAAGAUAGAUUUUAUGGUAUUAAUACUAGAUUUAUUUCUUUAUUUAUAGCACGUUAUCAUAGAGAACAGCACCUAUUUGUGCUAAAAAUUGAAGAAUAUCAAUGUGUUUUAGAAAUCUAUUUAGA